CUCCUCAACGCACCUUCACCCGCUGCUCCAUCUCCGACUUCCUCCAUCCCCAGCACUUCGCUUCGAUUCUCACGGACCGCCACAAUGCCUCUCCUCCCGAAGAAGUUCCCCACCCCCGUUGCCGGACCUGUUGGCCCCUUCUUCGCUGCCGGUAUGCACCCAUUGUCUAGUCUGAUCGUCCUGUACGGUGUCAACUCUUUCGCCAACGUCCUGAUGAACACCGAGGAGUUCAAGAACGACCCCCGCAACCCCAACGCCAAGGCCCAGAAGCAUUAAGAUGGUCCUAGAGGGGCUCUGAGGAUGCUGUUGCUGCGGAAGAUGACGGCGGUUCAUAUAGAAGAUACCGUCCUAGGACAUAU